CUCUAGAUUACACGGAUAAGAAACGGGACCGUUACGCCAAAUAUCUUGUCGUGUCUAAGUCACGUGACCGGAGUUUACAUACGGGCAUCGCGGCCAUUUGCAAUCAGCAGCGGAAAUGUAACCAAUUUCCUGCAUUUUAUUUUCAUCGUUGCGCAAUGAAUUGAACAGUUUGGCGAACAUGUUUGCGACAGUUAAUAUUUAACCAAUUGAAGUUGCAGUGAAAGUUAACCGUCCGACUAUCAGCAUGCCUGUCCUUAAGCGAGGCAGAUCCAGGUUGUCCAGUAGGAAAGGAGAUUCUAAGAACCAUGGCAAGAAAUCGAUCGACAAACACUCUGCAGUCAACAUUGAGAUUUCUCAAGAAUGUGAGCCAGAGGCGAUGUGUGACUCAGAAAUAGUGACAGCGUCGGAAGUUAUUAUAGACAAGAAAGCAUUCCAGAUAUUUGAGUACACUUACGCCAGUGACAACUUCUUCCGUCAGUGUUUAACAACAUUAAAAUCCGACACUAGUGAAACUGUGACAGAAGCUGAUGAAGGAAGCUUAGACUAUGCAGAUGAAUAUUAUGUGAUAAUAAACAAACAUGCAUUUCAGUACUAUGAGCAUGAUGACCUGGAUUUAUUUGUUCAAUCAAGAAAAGCUAGACUAUUCAGUAAGUUCAAGGAAGACUGCUCAUAUAUUGAUAAUGAUGAUUAUGUGUGCCAUAAGAAAAGUAACUCAGUCCGCUUUGUGCAGAUGUAUGACAGUGAUGAUUUAAUGAAAUUGAAAUUAGCUGUGUCAGUGAAUGAAGAUUUCAGUGUUAGCAUCCAGGUACAUGACAAAAAGUUACCGUCCAACCACGAAAUAUGGAGUUCCAUUCCAAGAAUUUGCACCACCACGUUCACUAUGUCAAGGAUAUUAAGAGAAGUUGGUCGGUUCAAUAUCUGCUCCGGAAAUCCUGACCCAGACCUUCAAACGUUUAUACCAGAAGGAUCGUACUUGGACGCAAGGGAUGGUCCAUCACGACAAGGGCUACGCACAUGUUACACUGGAACAUCUACCAUAAUAUCAACAAACUGUCAGCUCCUUGUUCAAAGCAAACGUUGUAAAUGUUGUCAGAUCUACCGACGUACAUUACGCACUCUACUCUCUAGGCAAGAGAAAACACCGAAAGUGGACACCCCUAAGAAAGACUGGUUGCACUGUCAAACCCCUUUCAACAAGCUGACACCUAAUCAGAAAUUCUACAAGUUUAAGCAACACCAGGAAUACACAAAAACACUGGAACAAGAGAAUGAGAAAUUGAAAAGACAGAUCAAAAAUGAAAUUGACAAAAAUGGAGUGAAAUUAAGCGAAGAUGAAAGCAUGGAUUUUAUGGAACUGCUGGAAAAUUCUAUAGACCAGGGAUGCCCUAGUUCAGAAAGCUUGAUUGACAACGUACACAGCCACUCAGAGGAACAUUCACCUGUCCGAAGACUGACACAGUUUAGUGAUGCAGGCAGCUGGAGAUCACAAUGA